GCGACCCAUCAAUUUUAAGCGGAGCAUGGUAUUAUUUUGUAAAAAAAAAGUAGAGAAAAUCGGGUAAGAGUAAUGUGUCAAACGGAUGACAGCCUGAAUACUGUAAUGUUUAAGCUAACUGAAGUGCUGUCAAAUGUUCAAAUUGAGUUAUGUAAAGAUUAAUAGGAAAGCUAUUAAAAAAUCUGAUGUCAAAUCUAACCUUGCUUUGGAAGUUAAAUUUGGUUCCUGCGUAUCCGUGUUUCUCAUUGAAUGAAAAUGUUUUUGACUCGACUCAAUACUCGGAGGGUCACGUGAUCAGGAUAGUGCACCGCAUCUCCUGCAGAUGGCGCUAGACCUCGCGAGAAUUGCGAGUGUUUCAGGAAAGCAAGCCCUUUGGAGGAAGUCUGAAAGACAAGCUUCGUGCUUUAAUAAUUUAGAAAUUUGUAUAAACUCGAGGAUAAACCCGAAGUAGAUUGGGAUGCAAAAGUGACAGUGUGUUAUAUGUGAGCAGCAUUUUGAAGUUCAAAAGUCAAGGAAUGUGAAAAUCCCACCAAAAUUAGUGCGGCGUAAAGAAGACAAUAUCACAAUUUCCAGAACUUUUGCUUGUUCAAAUUCGCGUUAAAUAUGGAAGCCGACAAAACAAAUACUUAGAUACAGAGGAUGUUUCGCAACGAAAGGGCAGCAGCUAAAGAAAGCAAACGUCGAUAUUGCAGCUAAGAGCCAAAGCAUUUCACAUUGCAAAGAUACAAUGACAAUGGAUUCUUCGAAUUCUAGUAAAGAAAAUGUAUCGAACUCUUCUCUUUCGGUAGAGGUAAUAACAAAUGAAUCUGGAUCCAAGAACAAUGAUACGGAGGUUAAAAUUGACAAAGAAAAUAGCACCUCUGACGAACUUAGCAAUGAUUUGAAAGCACCUGAAAUUAUUGAUAGUAAAACGGAACAGAAAAACUGUGUCAGUGCUGAGAAUAAGGAUAAGUAUCAUGUGGAAAUGGUACCAGUAAAAAGUGAUGUAAAAAAUGACAUUAACGCAGAUGAGCCUGAGAAAGAAGUAAAAAGAAAGCGAAAGAAAAGUUUAAGUGUUCAGGACAGGGAGUCUCCUGAAGAAAGUGGAAGUAAGAGCAAAAGAACAAAAUUACAAAGUAUCCACGACAAAUUCUGCUGGCGAUGUCACAAGGAAUCCGUGGAAAUCCAGUGCAGUGCAUGUCCGCGUUCUUGGCAUCGUAAGUGCAUCGGUGGCGCUCAACCAGCGUCUGUUCAAAACUGGAUAUGUGGUGAGUGUGCAACCAUCCUGAAAUCGGAGAAUGCAGAGACUCGUUCGGAAGCGAUGGCACAACUUUCUGUAGAUCAGCUUUGUAUGUUGUUGAAACAUAUAAUUGAAAGAAUGCGAGAUUAUCCUGGGUCUGAACCAUUUUGGAAGGAAGUUGACACUAAAGAAAUAGACAAUUACAUGGAGUACGUUGUAAAGCCAAUGGACUUGGGUCUGUUGGAAAGCAAUGUUAAAGCAAAACUAUAUGGAAGUACUGAUGCAUUCAUGGCAGAUGCAAAAUGGAUUCAGCACAACUGCAUUGUGUUUAAUACCUGUGGAGGUGUUUACGCAGAUCCGUCAAAGAUAACGAAUGCAGCAAAGCAGAUAGUGAAAGUUGCGCGACAGGAAGUUUCAGAAUUGGAGGCUUGUCCGGACUGCUACAUGCAUGGUCGUAAUUUGCCACGUCCGUUGCCGAGUUGGUUUAUCGAACCUUGUCAUCGUCCUCACUUAAUCGUGUGGGCAAAGUUAAAGGGUUUUCCAUUUUGGCCAGCAAAAGCAAUGCCACGAGUAAACGGAGCUGGACAUGUGGACGUUCGCUUUUUUGGAGAGCACGAUCGUGCUUGGGUGCUACCUAAGGAUGUGUUCUUGUAUUCAGAAGAGCCACCAUUUCCACUACCUCGAAAAAAGAAAAACGAAAUGGAUGAGUGCGUGAGAGAGGUGGCUCGUCAUUGUCGAAAACUGGAGCAGGUAUUUGGAGAGUUCAAAUUUGCUCCUUCGAAACUUCAGUAUAAUCCUCACGAUUCAACGCAAAUACAAAUCAUGCUACCUAAUUAUGAACCUUCUCCUCAUUCAUCCAUGACCCAGUUCUUAGCCUUGAAAAAAAGACCGUCGUUUAGAAACCGCUGGGAAAGCACGGAGCCGACUUCACAGGAUGUAAGUAAUGCUUCAACCGACAAAAGCAACAUGAGCCCUAUAAAAUCUAGACCAACAACACCUGGGAUCACGAAAAAGAAACUCCAGCGAAAGUCGAUUUCUAUAAGCAGUACCUCAAUUAUCGAUAAAGAGCAGUCUAUAGUGCCCAUUAAAAAACCGGACACUUCGGAUUCCAUUAAGAAAAAUGAAAGUAAACCAAAGCUGAAAAGCCAUAAGAAGGAGGACAUGGAGGUUCCUGCUUUACAAGAGUUAAGCAUUCUUGUAGACAAAAGUAGUGGUAGCUUAAGAAGUAACUCGACGAUUAAUAAAUUUGGAGAAGAAGUAAGUCAAAAAUCAAUAACGAAGGACACCAAAAUUACUACACCUAAAAUAGUUCCUAACGUAAUUUCCACGUUCCUCGCUACAAGUACUCCGAAAAUCGCUCUUAAGCCGAUUAAGCCUAAUACUAAUAAGUUGUACAAACCCAAAAAGACUAUGAUUGAUAAAAUGAAUGCUGUGAAAGAUCCGAAACUAAACUCUAGUAAAGAGCCGACCACUGUGUUAGAAGUUAAAUCGCCAAAUAACAGUGCAUCUUCAUCUGUUGUCACCAGUCCACCUAUACGGUUUUACGUAUUAGCAGGGGAUAAAGCUGUGGAAGUUAAAAAGCUACCCACGGAUACUGUUGCCAGUCAACAAUCCGGUUUAAAAACAGUACCUCCAGUUAAGCAAGAACCACGAGAGGUGCCCGUUUCACAAAAGAAACAAAGCAAAGCUAAGAAGUCGUUCCCCAAUAGACCUCCUAAUUUCUCUUUUCCGCCGAAAACACCAACCGGGUCACCGGAUGCUAUGGUUUACAUUCCUCCUCAGCGGACUGAGAGUUCCGUCUCUCAACAGCAAUUACCACCUCCAGAAGCAGGGCCAUUUUCUUCAAAAUUGCAUGAGCGGUCCUUGGAACUAGCGAAACGCAUGGCUCAGAUUAUGGAGGAAGCCCUCAGAGAAACGGUCUUGGAAAAUGCUGACGUCGGACAGACGUCGAAGGAUGCCUGCCAAGCUACAAUUCACUUUCUAAAACUUGAAAUCGAACGAAUGAGAUGGCAACACCAACAGCAACUGGAUGAAUUGAAAUAUAAUACAGAUCGAACGCUUAAAGAAAUGCGGGCGAGUCUAGAAGCAGAGCGGUUAAGAGCAAUUGCAGAGACUCGUAAGCAGGCGGAAGACGAGAGGUUGAGAUGCGUCGAGGAAAUAAAGAAAAAACAAUGGUGCGCAAUGUGCGGUCGCGAAGCCCUUUUCUACUGUUGCUGGAACACGGCAUACUGUGAUUAUCCCUGCCAACAGAAACACUGGCCGUCACACCUGAGUUCGUGUGCUCAAAAUCCAUCAUCUGGUUCCAUUGUCGUUUCUACUACUCCAGUCAACGUGAACAUCAACGAUCAACAGCAGAAUGGACCUAAUGCAAAGACAUGCGGUAGGGUGCACACUCUCCCGCCGAGCGAAUUUAGAGUGGCACCAACUUCAAAUACAUGUAUUCCUCACGCAAUGCCCAUGGCGAGCCUGAAGCUUCAACAGCGUUAAAGUGUUCUUUAGCUCACAAAAUAUUUGUAAGUCUGUAUAAAAACAUAACAAAACAGCCACAUUUAGAAGUGAUAUAUUAAGCGAAGUUUUCUGUAUGCAGUAGCUUAUAUUGUUUCUUCGUAUCCCAAAAUUAAUAUGUGUAUUCUAUGUUAAACCGUUAUAUAAUCGUAUAGGAUGGUAUAUUUUGACUGUAGUCAGUAAUUACCGUGAGUCUCAAGAACGUGUUGAAAGUGGUUAUAUUUUAAUUGAGUUAACUAAGUUGCAACGCUGAGAGUGAGGCUCAUCUUGUUAGUGGAAAGGAGGUUUAACUGAAUGCAUGCAAAUAAAUAAGGUCUUGUAAAAAUGGUUAGAUUCCUACCUUACGUAUAUUGUUUCGCAACUUACGACCUCUUACUCAAUGAAGGAUCUGACAAACGUUCGUUUAGUACAUUGUAUUUAAUUUCCCAAAUUCUCGAUAUAUUAUUUCGUGUGGAUGUUACUUGUUUCGGUAGGAAUUAGCCUUUAUACAUGUCCUUCAGAAGAAAGCGAAGAUCACGAAAUUCAUUUGAAAUCUCGCGCUAAUAUUUUACAAAUAAUUUUGUAUGAAUCAGAGAUGGAUACUUUAUCAGGAAACUAAUUUUUCUGAACUUUUUACCAUAAGCACAAACUUUAUAUUUAACUUUUAUAGUGCCGUGUGUGCAAAAUUACGCAUUUUUCGAAGUUUCAUACUCGUGUGCUAGAGUGAAUCGAAUUUUGCGUCGAAAUUGACAGUGUGUUUAAUUUGACCAUGUAAGCGCUAUUCUAUAUUUGAAAUAGUCCUGCGGUAGUGGAAAAAAUUUCAGGGAAUAUUUUUUGGAACAAUUCCAUCAAGUGGAUAUUGAUUUUUGUAAAUAAAAAUGUCUAAUAUAAACGAAACGAAUCAACAAAAAAACUCCUUUUUAAAGGCUGGUGCCAAGAAAGAUAUUUUUGGUGGACUGGAAAAUCCAGAACUAUGAGUGAUAAAACAUUGCAGAAGUGUAUUUAUGCAAGUGCUAUGUGAGUGUUACACGAACGAAUAUAUAAUAUUCACCACUGCCAGGUAGUGAACUUAUUGUGUGCGUCUCAAACUUUUUCUUCAGGGUAGACUUGCACAUACAUGUUAAGGAACUUCAGUGUAAUUUAUUUUCACAAAAAUAUCACAUGCAUAAUUUUUAUGUACACGUUUGCCUUCUCUAAAAGUUUUCACUACA